AUGGAGCGCGCACGGCACUGGGGCUCCUCCGCCGGGACGCGUCUGGUCCUCGGGCUGCUGCUGGUGCUCUGGCCCGCUCGGGACCGGGUCUGGGGCUUCAACCUGCACGCAGAGCAUCCCACGGUUUACAGGGGACCCGAGGGAAGUUAUUUCGGUUACUCGGUGGACUUCUACCAAGACUCCGCCGACAGCAACACGAUCAAUGUGUUGGUGGGGGCCCCUAAGGCGAACACCUCCCAGCCUGGCAUCGUGGAGGCUGGAGCUGUCUACUACUGCCCCUGGCCUGGACUGCCUGACAGCUGCAGGCAGAUUCCGUUUGACAGUUCCAAUAACAGAAUGAUGAAGGUGAAUGGCACCAGGGAGCCUGUGGAAUUCAAGUCACACCAGUGGUUUGGAGCAUCUGUCAGGACACACAAAGGAAAAGUGGUGGCCUGUGCUCCGCUCUACCACUGGCGCACAGUGAAGCUGAGUGGGGAGAAGGAACCUGUGGGGACUUGCUAUGUGGCCGUCCAGAACUUCAGCGCCUACGCAGAGUACUCUCCGUGCAGGACCAGCGAUCCAGAUCCAGAGGGGCAAGGGUUCUGCCAGGCUGGCUUCAGUGUGGAUUUCACCAAGGACGGAAAGCUGGUGGUAGGAGGACCUGGAAGCUUUUACUGGCAAGGUCAAGUGAUGACAGCAGGGAUAGCUGAGAUACUGAACGGUUACUCUUUGAAGGCGAUCCUGAGAAAGGUUCCAGGAGAGAAAUACACUCGAGCGGCUGAGGACACACAUGAUGACAGCUACCUCGGUUACUCUGUGGCGGUGGGGGAGUUUACGGGAGACUCUGAACAAGAGCUGAUAGCUGGAGUCCCGCGAGGAGCACAGAACUUUGGAUAUGUGGUGAUGAUCAACUCCACCAAUCUGACCUUCAUCCAGAACUUCACAGGGGAACAGAUGGCCUCGUACUUUGGCUACUCGGUGGCCGUCACCGACCUGAAUGGAGAUGGGACGGACGACGUGCUGGUCGGGGCGCCCCUCUACAUGGAGAGAGAGAUGGAGAGCAAGCCCAGGGAGGUGGGCAGGGUUUACCUCUACCUGCAGAUGGCACCGCUCACAUUCACCAAGCCCGUCGCCCUCACCGGCAUGCACACCUUCGGACGCUUCGGCACGGCUAUAGCUCCCCUGGGAGACAUCAACCAAGAUGGGUACAAUGACGUGGCGGUGGGCUGUCCAUUCGGAGGCGAGGACCGUGGAGGCAGAGUAUUGAUCUUCAACGGUAACAGAGAUGUAUCCACCCAGGGCUUGGUGCUGAGCCAAGAGCUGAGAGCAGCCUGGACCCCAAGUGGCAGCUUGUCGGGAUUUGGAUUCACCGUGAGAGGAGGCCAAGACCUGGACAACAAUCAGUACCCUGAUCUGAUAGUGGGGUCGUUUGGCGCAAGCGAGGUGUCGGUGUACAGAUCUCGAGCUGUAGUGUCUGUGGAAGCUGCACUGACCCUGACACCCAGAAUCCUGAACCCUGACGACCGGCAGUGUCACCUGCCUGAGACAGACAUCAUGGUCACCUGUCUGAAGGUGGAUGUGUGUGCAGCAGUGAGCGGCGUGGGGAUCCCCAGCUCUGUGGACCUGAGAGCGGAGCUGCAGCUGGACUGGUUGAAGGGCAGCAGAGGGGGAGUAAAGCGAGUUCUCUUCCUGGACACGCAGCAGCCUCAGCACACCGGGAUCCUCACGUUGGGUCGCAGCCGCCCACGUGCAUGCCUGAGCUACACCAUUUACCUGAAAGAGGAAGAGGAGUUCAGGGACAAGUUAACCCCCAUCUCACUGGCUCUGAACUACAGCCUGGCUCCUCCCCCAACGGGACAAAACCUCCCACCUGUCCUCAACCACUAUAGCAGCACUUUCCUCCAAGAGCAUGCCUACAUUCUCCUGGACUGCGGAGACGACAAUAUUUGUAUCCCCGACCUGCAGCUCUCCGCCAGCAUGGACCGCUCAGAGCUGGUGAUUGGAGAUGACAAUCUGGUCAUGUUGACCAUCACUGCGGUGAACCGAGGAGAGGGAGCCUACGAGACAGAGCUACACACACUGAUACCACCAGAGGCCGACUACAUCGGGGUGGAGCGCAGGGUGGAGUCUCUGUCUCAGCUGAACUGCGAGUACAAGAUGGUGAAUGACUCCAGAAUGGUGGUGUGUGACCUCGGGAACCCGAUGGUAGCCGACACUGAGCUGUCUGUUGGUUUGAGGUUUGCUGUGCAGAGGCUGGACGACGCCGGACCGAAAAUCAGCUUUGAGCUACAGAUCCACAGCUCCAACAAAGAUAACUCCAACAGCAACCCGGUCAGUUUGAAUCUGUCCAUCGUUGCCCAAGCUCAACUGGAUUUACGUGGGGUGUCUCACCCCUCUCAGGUGGUGCUGCCAUUCCCCCGCUGGGAACCCAAAGAGAAGCCUGUCAAAGAGGAGGAUGUGGGACCACAAGUAACUCACAUCUAUGAGCUCCACAACUCAGGUCCCAGCAGUAUCCGAGAGGCUGAGCUUCAGGUCGGCUGGCCGUCCCGUUUCCGUGAAGAGAACCUGCUGUAUGCCAUGGAGAUUCAAACUGACGGACCAAUUAGCUGCCGGACGAACACCAGCCUCAACCCUCUCGGCCUUCAGAUCUCUGCUCUCCAGGACACACCUGAGUUAUUGGGUUUCCUGAGGAACACCAGUUCUCCUCCAAGCCGCCACAAACGAGCCGUCAGCACAGCUCAGAGUUACAGCGGCAAAACCUUGAACUGCACUAAUAUCUCCUGUCUGAGGAUCACAUGUGUGGUCGGCCGGUUGGAACGCGGGCAGAGCGCGGUGGUUAAGAUCCGCUCGAGACUCUGGGCACAUACGUUCCUGCAGAGGCGUAAUGACCCAUACGUCCUCAACUCCACUGUGUCCUUCAUGGUCACAGCCAUGCCUUAUCGGGUCCAACCCCGCAGCCUGCCUCAGCACAGCACCUCGAUGGGGACCCUGGUGUUGUGGGGGACUCCUGAUGUCCUGUUUGCUGUCCCCCUCUGGGUCAUCAUCCUGGCCAUACUGCUGGGCCUGCUGGUGCUGGCCAUUCUUACGCUCGCCAUGUGGAAGUGUGGUUUCUUUGACCGGGCGCGGCCACCAACUGACGACAACGUCUCCGACCAGGAGCGGCUGACGUCGGAUCAAACAGGGGACGCCUAA